AUGGCUUAUAGACGCUGCCUCUUGCAAAGAGGAAAACUCAUUGAUCGGAAAUGCCACCCUUCUUUCAGCUACAUUCUCCAUCACAGUGAUGAACGGAAACGCGAUGAAAAAUCUAGUUCAACACGAAUUCCUAAUUUUAUUCAAACAAGCUCUCUUAAUGGAUCAACGGGGUUUUCUCCAUUUGCUGGGUAUAAUUUCUGUCGAAAUAUGUCGACAAUCAAUAGCAAUUCAGAUAAGAUUACUGCAACAACUGAUGUAGCUGAUGUUCUUAUUGAUACCACCGUCGAGGCAGUAGCUUCUCAGGCUCCUGUUGUUAGUGAAGUUGCCAUUGCUGCUGCUGAUUCUUAUUUGCCUAUACAAGCCGUGCAGUACCUUAUAGAUGCUGUGCAUUCCUACACUGGACUUAACUGGUGGGCAGACAUAGUUCUAACAACUCUCUUGAUUCGAAUUGCAACUAUUCCGAUCUUACUAUAUCAACUCAAGGACACUUCUAAGCUUGCACUUUUUACGCUUCAGAUGAAAGAGAGGACGAAAGAGAUGAAGAAACAAAUAGAAAUGAAGGAUUGA